GGAUUUUCUGUAAAGCACUAGGUGAACUUUUAUGAUUAAUUAUUUUCUAAGCUAUAAAAUCUCUAAAUCGGCAUCUAUCCGGUUGAUGUGAAGUUCAUCGUUGAAAUGAAGGUGUUGAUUUUACUGGCCGGGAUAUGCACAGUUUGGGCAUUCCCUUACAACUUCAAACGGGAACUUCUUGCAAAAGCAAAGAUAGACGAUGGUGAAAAUAAAGAACCUUUGAGAUGUCCCCCAGAAUACACCGGACCGAAUCCCUCCCCAGAAUGUCCUCCUUCAAAGCAGACAAAACGCAGCGAGGACCAAGGUGAAGGGAGGGAAAGACCAUCGCCACCACAGGAAAAUGGACGGUGGCCAAAUCAGAUAAAUAAACAUCGCAGAUACCAAGAAAGGCGACAAGAGAAACAAACUCCGUCGCCACAAUGCCCACCGCCACCGCCACCCGGAGAGGAGAAGGACUAUCCACCACCGCCACCAGGAUGUAAACCGCCAAAGAAAGAAAACAAAGAUGAAGAAAAACCACCACCGCCUCAAAAUGAGGAACAGCGCAGAUACAAAGAAAGGCGACAAGAGGAAUCCGGGUGUCCACCGCCGCCACCACCUGGAGAGGAGAAGAAAUAUCCACCACCGCCACCAGGAUGUAAACCGCCGAAGAAAGAGAAUGAAGACGGAGAAAAACCACCACCGCCUCAAAAAGAAGAACAGCGCAGAUUCCAAGGAAGGCGACAAGAGGAACCCAAGUGUCCACCGCCGCCACCACCUGGAGAAGAGAAAAAAUAUCCACCACCGCCACUAGGAUGUAAACCGCCAAAGAAAGACAAUGAAGAUGGAGAAAAACCACCACCACCUGGAGAAACGGGAGACUAUCCGACACCGCCACCAGGAUCCAAGCCGCCCCCACCUCAGAAGCGUGUCUACGAUUUUCUUCGGUCUCUAGAAAACAUUCUCUCGGAAGAAGAAUAGUUUGGAUAUCCGAGAUAUGCAUGUAGGAAGAAAAAACGUUAAAAAAACCGAUAUUCCUUUAUAUUGAAUGUGAUUGACUCUUAAUUACACUUUGUGUAACUAUGUUUUUUUUCCAUUACAUUCUAGAUACAAUUUUUUUCCCAAUAAUACAUUAAUUUGUAUAUUAUACUUAGAUUUAUAAUGAUAUCUAAGUUGAAUUUUAAUUUGCAUUAAAUUUGUUUUAUCUUAGGUAUAUAACAACCACACUGUGCAUGUAUUCACACAUAAUUGUGUUGAACAUAUUUUAUUGAUUAAUCAAUAUGACUGGAAAAAAAGUAAUUUAAGGAAUAAAUAAUCUUUUUUGAGUAGUAUGAGGUGAAGUGAUAUACUUUUGGUCGGGCGUGAUUAAGGCCCAGACCGAAAUCAUUACCUCAUAAUAUUCAAAGAAGGAUUUCUUAUUACUUAUUUUAAAAAAAAUUUCAGCAAUUGUACAAUUAAAUAUUAGAAUAUUAAUUAUGCAAACAUAAUGCUUUCGCCCAAAGAAUUCGUCAUUUGAAUAUAUUGGACUGUACACUAAAUAAUAUAUAAUUUUAUAUGUAUUAUAAUUUGUAUUCCGAUGAGUUGUAAAGCUCAAGGAUAAUAAAUUGAAUCGAUUCGUAGUGUUAUCACAGACAAAGGCAUUGGAAAAUGUAUGUUAUUACUUACAGUCCCUAUCACUUAUAGUUACAUGUAAUUAUUACAAACUGGCAUACAACGUGACAGAAUAAACUUAGAUUUAAAAGAGCUGAUAAAUGUAGAAUAAGGUUGACUAAUUAAAUCUGCAAGCUUCUU